AUGUAUCAACAUUUACAGCUACUGUCUGUUGCUGUGUCUAUCUUCAGACCAUAUCCUAUCUGUUUCUACGAGGGGAAAUGCUUCACGGGCAGGAAGCUGGAGAUCUGCGGUGACUGUGAUAACUUCCAGGACCGUGGGUUCAUGAACCGCGUCAACUCCAUCCGCGUGGAGAGCGGUGCCUUCGUUUGCUUCGACCACCCCGACUUCAAGGGCCAACAGUACAUGCUGGAGCACGGAGAGUACCCCGAGUUCCAGAGAUGGAACGCCCACAACGAUCACAUGGGCUCCUGCAGACCUAUCAGGAUGGUGAGGUUUAAACGCUAA